GCUCUCUCCUUGCCAGGGGCGGCGUGUCCGGCCGAGCCCGCAGGCGGCAUGUGGGGCGGCUGAGGCUGGCGGGGUCCCGUCCCGCGGGGGGGUCGCUGCGGGCGAUGGGCACCGCCGGGCCGAGCCGGGGGCGCCUGGCCGACAAGGUGGCUCUUGUGACGGCUUCUACCGAGGGGAUCGGGUUCGCUGUCGCCCAGCGCCUGGCGCAGGAUGGGGCCCAUGUGGUGCUGAGCAGCAGGAAGCAGAGUAACGUGGAUCGAGCCGUGGCAGAGCUCCGAGCCCAGAACCUCCCCGUGUCCGGGACCGUGUGUCACGUGGGCAGAGCUGAGGAUCGGGAGCGCCUGGUAGCCACGGCCCUAGAGCGUCACGGGGGUAUCGACAUCCUGGUCUCCAACGCGGCCGUGAACCCGUUCUUCGGCAGCACGCUGGACGCCAGCGAGGACGUGUGGAACAAGAUCCUGCAGAUCAAUGUGACAGCAUCAGCAUUGCUGGUCGGCCUGGUCGUGCCCCACAUGGAGAAACGGGGGGGCGGCUCCAUCGUCCUGGUCUCCUCCAUCGCCGGGUUCUCCCCCUUCCCGGCACUGGGCCCCUACAGCGUCAGUAAAACGGCCCUGCUGGGGCUCACCAAGGCCCUGGCACCCGAGCUCGGCGCCCGCAGCAUCCGCAUCAACUGCCUGGCCCCGGGAUCAUCCAGACCCACUUCAGCGCAGCCGUGACUGUGGAAGGAGGAGGCCGUAAAGGAGAAAAUGAUGGAAAACCUGAGAGUGCAAAGGCUGGGGGUCCCGUCUGACUGUGCCGGGAUCGUCUCCUUCCUGUGCUCCCCCGACGCCAGCUACAUCACCGGGGAGACCGUGGUGGUGGGUGGGGGCGCCCCCUCCCGCCUCUGACCCCAGAACACGGAUGGCCUGACGGACGGACGGGCCCUGAUUGGCCUUUGGGGUGCACUCCUUGGGUGGGGGGGGGUGUUCUGGGAGAGAAGCAGGUUUGGGUGGCUGGAAUUGUUGGUGGCACUAAAGGGAAGUGGGGGAGCAAGAUUUGGGGGGGCUGGAGAAAGCCAGUGGAUCAGC